AUGGCCUCUCAAUUAAACGAAGAUUGUCUUUCUCAUAUAUUCAACUAUCUCACCCAAACUGCUGACGAUAUUGCUAUAUUAUAUCCUUGUGCUCUAGUCAAUAGAACUUGGUGCAAGGCGUCGAUUCCAAUAUUAUGGAGUAAUCCUUGGGCGAUCAGAAGUUGUUCGGAUUUAGCAAGGCGUCAUGAAUUACUUAUUAACGCUUACAUUUCUAAUUUACCUCAACAUUCAAAAGAUUCUUUAGCAAAAGUUCAAAUAAAUAUUAAGGCUGCUCAACGUACUUCCACUUUUGAUUAUGCUAGUUUUUUGAAACAUUUGAAAUUAUCUUAUUUUGGUAAUUCCGUUAAAUUCUGGAUUGAACGUUCUGUUGAAAAUGGUAUCAUUAAUCAAGACUCUCGACAAAUGAUUCAUUAUCUUAUUGUUGAACAUGUAACGAAGCUUUUACUCACAAGAUCAACAACUCUACGUAGCUUAGAUCUAAGAUAUUGUGAUGAUGAAAUGCUUGAUUGUCUUGAAAUUCUGGCUAGUGUUCUUGAAAACACUAACGAAGGUCUUGAUUGUCUUAUAUAUCUUAAAGAUUUCAAGUAUAGUGGAAGUAAUCAAGUAAUGCCUAGAAUAUUUGCUUCUCUUACUUCAAAAUGUCAAAAUAUAAAGCAAUUGGGUAUUUAUGGUUAUCGUCCAACUGAUAAUUUUAUUAAUUUUGUCGAUGUUCAAGAAACUUUAAAUGAUGCUACAAUAUCUUAUGAACAACUUGACUCUUUCUCUGAUUGGUCAAUAAUUCGUUUAUCCGUAGAAAAUAUAUGUUUCCCUCUUGACUUUUUAGUGAACUUUGCUAAUUUAGAGGAAUUAUAUUUAAGAUCAUUUGAUCAUGUUUUUUCUAGAGAGGGUUGGGAACCAUUGGCUCGUUUACCACUUAAACGAUUAAAAACUUUUUAUUUUCAAACUCAUUUAU